AUGAAAUUGCCGGCGGCAGCGGGCGACGCCAUUGUCAUCGGGCCCAAUGCGGUCCGCUUGAUCAAGAGCUGGGGCGAGCAGCUUUGCGAGGAGAUCGAGCCUCAUCUGUCCAACGCAACGCAUGCGGAGAUGCUCGAUCAUCACGAUCGAUUCAUUGUCCGACAUGAACUGGCCGGGCGAGGGAAAGGGUGGUUCACCAACCGAGGGCGGUUGAUUAGCAUCCUCUACGAACAUGCGCGAAAGCUGGGGAUCGACAUCCGACUGGGAUCCCGUGUCACCAAGUACUGGGAAGAGGACGGCCGCGCAGGAGUCAUUGUGAAUGACCGGGAACGCCUGGCCGCCGACUGCGUGAUUUGCGCGGACGGGGUCCACAGUGCCGCAAGGGCGUGGCUGACCGGGCAGGUCGACACCCAGCAACACUCGGGGUGGGCCAAUUUCCGCGCUCAUAUGACCACGGAGCAGCUGGCGAAGGACCCGGAGGCGAGCUGGGUGCUUCAGGGCACUCGGGAGAAAGAUCGGGUGUAUGUUUGGUUCGGCGAUGGGAUCAACCUGGCAAUCAUGACGAUGAAGAGGGGCCAGGAGCUGGCUUGGGCCCUCAUGCAUACGGAUAAAUUCAAUGCUCACGAGAGUUGGGCGGGAGGGCGAGCAAGCAUUGACGAUGCGCUGGCAACGCUCAGCCCUUGGCCUGGCCGUCUUCGACCCUCGUCGGUCAUUCGCCAUACUUUGCCCGAGAAGCUGGUAGACCACGCGCUCAUCUAUCGGCCGCCGCUGGACACCUGGGUGUCCGCCGGGGGACGCGUGAUGCUCAUUGGCGAUGCCGCUCACCCAUACUUUCCCGUCGUCGGCCAGGGAGGCAGUCAGGCAAUCGAAGACGGAGUGGUGGUCGCUACAGCGCUCGAAUUGGCGGGGAAGGAGAACGUUCCGCUGGCCCUACGCAUCCGAGCAACCCUGACUGAAGAGAACAACGUGCUAAUGGAGGCGGGAAACUCUAGGUAUCCGCGCGCCACCGUGAUCCAGCUGGGCAGCUCCACCCUCCAGGAACACUUAUUCUGGCCAGACUGGGAGGCUGUCGCGAAGGACCCAAGUGUCUUUGCGUUUCCCAAUCCGGAAUGGAUUCUGGGCCAUGACUGCCGAGAAUAUACCCAUCAGGUCUUUGACACCGUCGUGAGGGCUGUCCGGGGCGAGGGGGAGUACAUUCCUCGAAAUAUCCCAGCGGAUGGAGCUUAUCGGGUGGAGGACACAUAUAGUCCCGAGUGA